AUGAUGCCACAGCAAAGUAAUCAAGGCAAUUCAAAAGAUCAUCCAAUAGUAGUGGACGAAGAAGAUGAAGGAAAAUUACCAAUAACAACAACAACUAAUAAUAAUAAUGGUAGCAAUGCAAUUAUUGAUCACCUCUCCGAUGAAGAAAAACGAUUGAAUGAAUUUGUUGAGAGAAAAUUUCCAGAAUGGAAGGACGAUAAAUCAAUGCUCUUUUACAUGAGCAAUUUUAAAAAGUCUAGACAAAUUAAUAUCAAUGAUUGGGAUACUAGAUUAAAGUUUUGGAGGAAUGUUCUCUUAUCGAUCAUUUCGGAAUUUUAUAAAAAUUCAAUCUUGAUUGUUACGAUUGGCCAAAUGAAAACUUUCAUGAGUAGACGUAAGAAGAGUGAUGAAGGUAUUGUGGAAACUACAUUGGGAUGGCAAACUAUCAUUCAACAAAUGAUUCAUGAUGGAGAUUUGAUUUCAAUUAAUGAAUUUAAAAAAGUGUAUGAUAUUAGUAAUAAUCAGGGAAUAACUAGUUGGUUGGUGGAUGUGGCCACAACAUGGUUCUUUGGAAGACAAAGUUCCUUGACCAAUACUGGAUCAGAUGUUGCUGUAAAUAAUACCAAGAUCCAUGAAGAUAAUCAAUAUAUUGUCAUGAAACCUCUCAAGGAAAUAACUUAUAAUUUUAUUAGAAAUGCAGUGAAAAAUCAUGUAACAAAUGUUGACUUGUACUUUUGUCCAAGUGAAUUGAGAGAAAUUCACUUUCCGAAUUAUGAUUUCAGUCAAUUGGAUUUGCUAUUGAGAUAUAUGCAUUGUGAAGAGGCAGCCUAUGUGAUUGAAAUUUCAAAUUCCAAAAAGGGUGUUGUCUGCUUUGAGGAAGCAGCAAUCAAAAAGACAUUUUUAAAGCAAGGAGAAAUGUCUUCACAGAAAGCUGCUGGUAUUAUUCACUUGAAAGAAAGUAUGAGUUUACUCAAAAAGGAAGUCAAAAGUUUGGAAUUAAAGAUGGAAAGUCUCAUCCACCAAGCAAAAGAAUACAUUACCAAGGGUAAGAGGGAUGAAGCCAAAUGGAUUUUAAAGAAGAAAAAGCUUGUUAGCAAUAUUUUAGAGAAGAGAAAUGCAGCUCUUCAUAAUGUUUUUGAAUUAUUGAGCAGUAUUGAAAAUGCCACUACUGAUAUUGAAGUUAUUAAGAGUCUUUCAGUAGGAGCAGGAACUUUAAAACAAUUCAAUACAGAACUGAAUACCAUUCAAGACGAGUCUCUUGAAAAUAUUGCAGAGGCACUCUCUGACUAUAAGGAAAUCAAAAAUAUAAUCGAUUCUGGAAUGGAAGAAAUGAACAAGGCUCAAGGUUUGGAAUUUAAUGAAGAAGAGCUGAAAAAAGAUGAACAAAUUCAAACCUUUAGAGGUGGUACCAAAACUGCAACAAAAGAUAUUACAAUAUGAAAAGCAACAACAAGAGUUGAAAAAGAAGGGUGAUAGUGUUGGAUGCAAAAAGAUUGAUGUUUAUUUAUCACUGUUACUUACAGAAAUUGAAUCUUUAACUGAAGUAGAAGAUAAACAACAGGAAAAAGUACCAGUCCUCAAUUAAUCUCAAUUAAACAACAUUAAUUAUUUUGAAUAGGUCUGAUUCUACCAUAUGUUUUUGAAUCCAAUCUUUUGCCGUGUCUAGAUGGACUUUGAGUGUUUGAAUGAAAUAUUCUUGCUUUUCUUGAUAAGGAAGUAAUUUGGAAAGGGCUAAUUUGUUAACAACAAUUUCAAUCAUAGUAUCUGCAACAAGUUUCGACGCUUCCAUUGAGAAAACAUUUUCCAGUAAGAGAAUGGAGUUGAACUUUUCCAAUAAAUCUCCAAGGCCAUCAUGAUAAAUUUCCAAACUAUCCCAUUCAUUUUGGUUGGAUUUGUUUUCCAGUGGUAUUUGUUGUGAUCUGUAAAUGGCGAGCUUUGAAAUGAUGGACAAGACUGCUAUCAGUUUAGAAUUUCCAUCAUUCAGAUAUUUGAGUACGAGAGACCAUAAUCCAUUCAAAAUCACAGUAUUAAAUGUAAAGUUCCAAUCAUCUACUAAACAAGUGAGCAAGCCCAAUGCAUUCGAUGCUUGUGCUAUGGAUUUUUCAUCUGUACCUGUAUGAAUACUCUCAAUAAUGGUCUGCG